AUGGGCAUAAAGACGACUGUUACCUGGACAACCGGGAUUUUGCUUUUGAGCCUAUGUCAAGGGCACCCUGGGAACUUCACAUCUAAAAGAGAAACAUCGGUCACUUUACCAGAUGGCCUCGAAAGCUUAGUAAAACGAGCGGCAAAGGAAGAAGUUCCAAACGAAUCACCUAAACAAAAGAGAGCGGCUGCGUCGAGUUUAUUAGCACUAGCAGAUUCAGAAGCAGGCAAAGAGAUAGCCAGGGGAAUUGGUCAAGCUGCAGGCGCUAUUGUUGGAGAGAUCGGCAAACAAGUGUUUGGCGCAAGUGGCAAGGGAGAAGCAUUUGUAAAGAAUGUCGAGAGUUCCCUUAAACAGGAUAAGGUUUCUGGAGAGAGAGCAAAGGCUACAGCUAACACUAUGAAAUACAAAAAGGCGGAAAUUAACAUAAUUCCAGGCAAAGGUUUUUUGGAUGCGACCGGGUAUGCGCCCCCUGGUGUCAAAAUAACAACAAAUUUCGACAUUGACAAGAGUGAUAGACGGAGUCAAGAUAGUAACUCUGGCGACGCUUACACGUACUCACAUGGUAUCGGUCCUGCCCUUGUUAACGGGUGUUUUCUCAGAAAUUAUGCACCCGGAGACCCCUGCUACGCUUUUAAAAGAAUGUCAACUUUGUGCUUGAACAUGCUAGAUGCCGCUGCAUUUAUUGGAGUUGGUUUUGAUGGACGUGGUGAUGUGACGCAGGAAUUCCGGAAGAAGUCACUUGUACAAAGACAAUGCAAAAAUAAGGGCAGCUUCAUGAACAGUGAUAUACCUGACACAAUGAAUGCUGUUGGUAUAUACGACACUGACGUUAACAGUCGUGUGUUUACGUCACAAGAUAGUUUCCGACACUUUCUAGAAGAGAGUACGUCCACAUCUUCUUACAAAGGAUCAUUUCAGGAAGCAAUAAACAGAAAUUAUGGCACCUCAAUAUCUGGCAGAGGUGGAAGAGGUUUUCUUUCAGCGUCCGUUUCUGGAGGGGCCCAGAGUUCAGGGAGCAGCAGUAUAAACUCCGCAAAUUCGCAAGAUUCAAAUGGCGGGUCAAGUGCUAGAGGAUCACAAAGAGCAGGGUCUUCGAGAGUGUUUAUGUCAUACCUAGAAAUGAAUAUUGUUAGGUUUGAGAUUUUCAUGGAUGAAGUGACACCUGGUGAUCUAAGUCAGGCACUUUUGAAGGACUACUUGAAUCUGCCUACGUCAUAUUUUAAAACUUCCUCCGCGGUCAUGAAAUAUCAGAACUUUUUACUGAGAUGGGGAACACACUUUAUAAAAUCAGCAAAGUUUGGAGGAAGUUUAAAACUCUCAAGGACGAAAGUAAUGUCGGAGAAAGAGACCGAAGAGCAAUUUGCCACAGCUGCGUAUUCUGAUAUGCAAUCUCUACUAAGUAACUCCUUUGCAGCUCAAUCAAGUUCUUCUCAAGGUUCAGCCAGUCUUGGACUUUUUACUGGUGCACGUUUACAAGCAAGUAGGAAUACAAAGGAACAAGAAAAUAAGAAGCAAAGUGCAACAAAGGAGACUUCUUCUUCCUCUAAAAAUUCUGCAAAUGAACAAAGGACUGCUCAAAAUUAUGCGAACUCGUAUCUGUCAGUUGAGGGUGGUGACGAGGAAAUUGCAUCAAUAAUUAGCGACAUGUAUGAUCCUGGAUUCAAGUCAAAACUUGAAGCAUGGCUACAGUCAAUCCCUGAAUACCCCAGGCCUUUUGCAUUCCAUCUGGGAAAGAUUACAGAGCUGUUUGACAUGAACGUAGAAUCACUUUUCCCAGACGAUACAAACCAAGGAUGUUUGGGAGCCGCUGUUAAGAAUGACCCUGCCACGGGAAAAUUCUACUUUGAAAGUAAAAAGACUGUUGGAAAAGAAAUUAAAAUAGUAAAGAACUAUUGCAAGUAUGGAACAAGCAAGAAAGAAUUUCAAGAACAGUUUGACAUGCGAAGACUUGCGUUGGAAAGAGCUAUUGCAGUUUACAUGGAGGAGGGGCCUAUACCAUCUACGGAACAAUUAAUUCCAGCAGGACGUCCUGGGUGUGAUACCUCUUUUACUGCCUUUGAUAAAUCGUCUUUUCCAACUUGGGAAAAUCUAAAAUCUGGUCCAUUUAGAGUCAUCUUCGAUAUGGAUCGUGAUAUCACAGGAAUAGUCGCCUCCGAUGACAUCGUUCAAGUGUCUUUAAAACAUAAAAGGUGGUACACUCAAAGGGAUGAGACCGUCUUACAUUUGUAUGAUGGGUUUGAUAACGGACAAAGUACGUCUGAUCUGACAUUGAAAAGGAUAUCCAUAAAGGGUUUGCUGAUGACUUAUGACGAGAAUAAUGGAAUGCUUAGGAUAACCAACGACGACAAUAAUGUAAUGAAGAAAGAGGGUAUUACGAUAUCACAGAAAAUAGUUGGUAGGCCCAUAGCACGAGUUGAGUCAUUGUCGAAGCCUAACGAAGACAACAAAGAGGAUAUCGCAUCCUUUAAAGUGGCAUUACCCUGUAACGUGAAAUGGUCAAACGUUCAUAGCUUUGAGCCUACAGAAAAGGGGAGUUGUGUCAAGUUUACUGCUGCAUCAGCUGGUGACAUUUUUGUUGUGUUCGCCUUAAUCCCCAGUAAAAAAGAUACUUGGUACACUGUACAUAUAUCAUCUGAUUCUGCAGGGGUCUACAAAGCAAACAAAGUCCAGCAAAUGGAAACGACCAUCAUUUCUGCAUGGGGACUAGGCGACUCUAAUCUUUUUCAAACGUAUUCGGUUUGCCUUACAAAAACAAAAGACACCUUACAUAUACAAUACGGAAAAGUCAUCGAAAAUGAGGAUAAGAUGACAGUAUAUUUGGAUUACAAAGAUACGAGCGACCCUAUACUACCCGAGUUUUAUGCUUUUGGGAGUGGAAUGCGCGAUGUACAAUUGGUGCAAAUAUCCAUCUUACCAAAAGCGUCAAUGGGACAAGUGGAGUGUGGGGCUGAUGGAUCAGGCUCAAAAGAGAAAGAUUGCUUCAAAUGCCAUCCGCAGUGCAUCAACGGUUGCUUCAAGAGACAGAGUGAUAAAGCAUGUAGGGCCUGUCGUAGCUUAACGGUAAAUCUCGUAGAUGGCAGUAAACAAUGUGUAGAGAAAUGCCCAGGCGGUACCAAAGAGGUUAAUAAAGUAUGCAAGAUUCAAGCUAAAGUGAAAACUGAAGUGAAAGAAAACAACAAAGAAUGUAAAGCAGACACCUUAGGCAAGGGAUAUCAGGGGAAAUUGUCCAUCACCAAAUCCGGAAAAACGUGUCAGAGAUGGGAUACUCAGAGCCCCCAUAAACCCAACCAUGAUAUUAAGCCUAGUAACUUCCCUGAAGACACUCUGAAAGACGCUGAAAACUAUUGCCGCAACCCCGAUAACGCUCAGGAAGGUCCUUGGUGUUAUACAACAGAUAUUAACAAAAAAUGGGAAUAUUGUUAUGUCCAAAAGUGUGUUGCAUGCGAUAAUUUGAAAGGAUUGCUACCUGAUAUUCCCUCUGAUCGACUAACUGCAUCAAGUUUCUGGGUUUCUGCAGAACCAAAUCAAGGCAGACUGGACACAAAGGGGACGUCCUCAAAAAGUGGGGGCUGGCUUGCUCGUUCAGGCAAGAUAAAUACAAACCAGUGGAUUCAAGUUGACUUAGGUCGUGUGAUGAAAUUCCUUGGUGUGAUCACACAGGGGAGAAAUGGCGUUGACCAAUGGGUCAAGACAUUCCGCAUAGAUUACAGUACAGAUGGAGAACAAUUCAUCACUAUACUGCAUAGUGCCGGACAACGGACAACGGAAUUUCAAGGAAACUCGGAUCAAAACACUAAAGUACGCCACAUGCUCGAUAGGCCUAGGCAAGCUAGAUAUGUACGUAUCAACCCGAGAACUUGGAAUUCUUAUCCAUCGAUGAGAUUUGAUGUCAUUGGUUGCGACAACUAGCCUAUGCAAGCAAAAUAAUGCACUCGAUUGAUCUGUAUCUAUAUGAUAGUUAAUAAAGAUUUUCAAUCCUGCAUUAAAAGUUCUCAUGUAGACUGAUAGAUGAUAACAAUAAUGGCAAUUAGGUAGUUUUAUUUCACGAUUUUUGCAAGGUAAUUAUUUCACAAGUACCAAGUCGAUCAAUAA